UCAAGAAUCCCACAUACAGCGAAAGAGGAAAUGUACCAUUUUAGGGCUCAAGGGGGGUUUAUCAUUACAAUUUGCAAGGAGGAGCCUUCUGCACAGGAUCUCAUCGGCGACCGAAACCCGCACGGCCGAUUUAAACCAUACGGGCUGGAGCUGGGGCGUCUUUAGUUCGCUUGUUUCACGGUUCAUUAUCGGCGCAGCUGAGUGAAAGGGAAAUGCUGCUCCGCUCAUACCAAACAUGUCUAUCGGUCGUGCGCCGUUUCUCAAUCAACGCGACGGUUGAGACGUCGGCGCAAACCUCCACCGUCACUGUUCCCACCUCCCCUCGAGGCCGAGAUACACUGGGUAAAAGGCUCUUGAGCCUUGUCUACCCAAAACGCAGUGCUGUCAUUGCCAUCAAUAAAUGGAAAGAAGAAGGCAACACGGCUCGCAAGUACGAGCUCAAUCGUAUCGUUCGCGAGCUCCGUAAGCUCAAGCGGUACAAACACGCUCUCGAGGUCUGUGAGUGGAUGACCUCGCAGCCAGACAUCAAGCUAGUGCCAGGGGACUAUGCCGUCCACUUGGACUUGAUAGCAAAAGUUCGUGGUCUAAGAAGUGCUGAAAAAUUCUUUGAGGAUCUUCCUGAUCGGAUCAGAGGUCAACCAACCUGUUCUGCUCUUCUCCAUGUCUAUGCACAAAACAACUUGGCUGACAAAGCUGAAGCUCUCAUGUUGAAAAUGUCAGAAUGUGGUCUCUUGAAAAAUCCUCUUCCUUAUAACCACAUGCUAUCUCUUUACCUGUCAAAUGGGAAAUUUGAAAAGUUUUAUGAAACCAUUCAGGAGCUAAAGAAGAACAUUUCACCAGAUGUUGUAACUUUUAAUUUGUGGUUAACUGUUUGUGCUUCACAGGAUGAUGUUGAAGCCGCAGAAAGAGUUUUCCUUGAGCUCAAGAAGGAAAAAUUAGAUCCUGACUGGGUAACGUAUAGUACAUUAACCAAUUUAUACAUUAAAAAUGCAUUCCCUGAAAAAGCAGCAUCUACUUUGAAAGAAAUGGAGAGCAGAAUCUCAAGGAAUACUCGAGUUGCUUAUCCUUCUCUACUUAGUUUGCAUACGAACAUGGGAAAUAAGGAUGAAGUUUUUCGAAUAUGGAAGAAGAUGAAAUCAUGCUUUCGUAAAAUGAAUGAUGCUGAGUACACUUGUAUGAUAUCAUCACUUGUAAGGCUCAGUGAAUUUGAAGAAGCUGAGAGCCUUUAUCAGGAAUGGGAGUCAGUUACUGGGACCAAAGAUGUCAGAGUUUCAAAUAUACUUCUUGCCUCAUACAUUAACCGAGACAAGAUGGAAAUGGCUGAAAACUUUUUAAAUCAGUUUGUGCGAAAAGGCAUAGAUCCUUGCUACACUACAUGGGAGCUAUUUACUUGGGGCUAUUUGAAAAAGAACGAUGUAGAAAAAGUACUGGAUAAUUUCAGGAAAGCCGUUACUAGUGUGAAAAAAUGGAAUCCCGAUCAAAGUUUAGUGAGAAAGAUUUUCAAAAUGCUAGAGGAGCAGGCCAAUGUUGAAGGGUCAGAGCAAUUGUUGGUUACCCUUCGAGAUGCUGGCCACGUGAAUACUGAGAUAUACAAUCUACUUCUCAAAACUUAUGCUAAGGCUGGUAAAAUGCCUCUCAUUGUUGUUGAGAGGAUGAAGAAGGAUAAUGUUCCAUUGGACGAAGAGACUCAUAGGCUCUUAGACAUAACUGGUAAAAUGUGUGUCAGUGAUGUUUCCAGCAUUUUGUCGUAACUGCAGCAUCAAAUGGAUGAAAUAAAUCUGAUUGCAAUUGAUGGUUGUGUAUCUAUUUCGCUAAUGUCAAUGUCAAUUCAAUCCAGGAGGCACCGGCAGAAAGAUUUCCCCGGUUCAGAAGUCAAUACAUUGUUUUGUGCAUAAGUGCUCAUUGGCGGAGAUUAGCUUUUUCCUCAAAUUCAACCUACGUAUGGGGGAUGUAAUUGUUAGCAUUAUUUUGUAGUAGUCAUGUAGCUUCAGAGUUCAGAUAUUUAGAGGAAGUUGAUUUAAUUUGCAAAGAUUUCUGUAUGCUCUUUGGUUUGAUUGAUUCUUGGCGAAGCAAUUGUUGAAGAGAACCUGCCUUGUGCAAAAUUCUGCGGUUCAUUGUUUGAGGCUGUAGAAUUUUGUCCAGCGAGCUUAGAGCUGUCUGUAAUGCUGUAAUUUUCUUUCCUACCUGCCUACGACCUGAACAUGAAGUUCAAAAUAUUAAGUUAUUGUCAUCAAGAUCUUAAUCAGACCUAGCAUACCAAUUUGUACA